AGGAAUGCGACUGCUUGAGAGGUUCCUUUUGCUUAAUAUCGCGCGAAAUUCUCUAUUAAUGGUAGAUCAAAGAGAAACCUCUGUAGCCGACCACUGCUCUCUUUAAAGUAAAUAUGGGAUGCGGCAGCUCCAGAAUCACCGUGGUCGAGCCGGUGAGAUCAAGCGAGUUGCACGGAGUAGCGGUAAGCUGCCUGCAGUUUCUAAUUUUGAUUCCUAUUUAAAAACUGUAACACAAUGUUAUGAACUUUUGGAAUGGAAUUGCACACAUCCGGCUGUGAUGCGCGUCAGAGUGCUUUUCCUCACAAUUGAUUCCCCUAUUUGAUUUGCGGGGGGACUACCGGUAGCAGCCUACUACCAGUCUUUCUUUUUAGUCCAACUAUUUGGCUACUUGAUCUUUAAAUAAAUAUGAUACACUUUGUAUUAUUGUACCUGUCAAAACACCUAAAAAACUGUGCAUUUGAGUUUGACGUUGUAAUUCCUCCCAACAGGAUGACACGGUGAGUAAACAGGGCUGUAGGGGAGACUCUGCAGUGUCAAAGUUCACCACAGACAGUGGAGUGGUCCUGGACACUGGAGAGGUCCCCACCUUACUGGGGGCUGCACCCAGGAAACUACCACCACUGGCAGGUAAGAGGUUGGGCUGUGUGUGUGGUGGGGUGAGAUAGAGAGUGAAAGAGCGUGUGUAUCUGUGCUCAUCAGAGACCUCAUAUUUGUGUGUGUGUGUGUCCCACUCAGCCCACAGUCCUGGCCUGACCCAGGAGAGUGGUGAGAGACCCAGGUCCAGUGAGAUCCUGGAACAGCUACUGAGCCAAGGCAUCAUCAUCGCCCAGCCCAGGGAGAGGGCCAGUGGGGAGGCAUACAACAUCAUGGUGGGUACCGGUCAGGUCUACUGGUGGGGCAGAGCAAAGUGUAGCUUCAUGUAGCCUCAGACCUCUAUGGUGGCGUCAGAAUCAAACUCAGAAUCAGGUGAGAGGAGGAGUUCCAUAAUCUCUUGUCAUCAUAUGACUGGGGCCUGGUUGGAUAGUCUCUAGAUUAGUUUCCUGGUUAUUUAUAAAACUGCGGCCAUCUUAUGGAAGUGAGUGCAUAACUGAUUGACAAUGUCAAUAUGCCAAUGACAGUCACUCUGUAUUAAAGAGAUGAUCCAGGCUCUGUCGUAGCCGGCUGCGACCGGGAGACCCAUGGAGCGGCGCACAAUUGGCCCAGCGUCGUCCAGGGUAGGGGAGGGAAUGGCCGGCAGGGAUGUAGCUCAGUUGGUAGAGCAUGGCGUUUGCAAAGCCAGGGUUGUGGGUUCGAUUCCCACGAGUUAAUUACUCAGUAACUACAGUAUAUGAGUGUUUACCUUAUAUGUGUUGUUGGAAUGUGUAUUCACUCAUGGUUUAAUUGCUGUGUGUGUAUGAUCAGAUUGAUGACACAGAGAAACCCUCACGUGGGCCUCCCCCUCACCUGGAGUCUCUGAAGGGCAGGAGGGACCAGUCUGUCACCAGCAAAGAGGACAUGGAGGAGAGGAUGAGGCAGGCCGAGGAGGGACGCAAGGUGAGGAAUAUGAUUAUGAAAUCAUGAAAAAUAUGAAUGUUAGGUGAGGGAAAUAGGGGAAAACUGGGUUUAGGGGGUUAAACGGGGACCAACUUGAACUAUAUCUGCCUUGAAUAUGACCUGUGUAUUUUCAAUAUGACCUGUGCAUUUUGAAUAUGACCUGUGUAUCUUGAAUAUGACCUGUGCAUUUUGAAUAUGACCUGUGUAUCUUGAAUAUGACCUGUGUAUCUUGAAUAUGACCUGUGUAUCUUGAAUAUGACCUGUGCAUCUUGAAUAUGACCUGUGCAUCUUGAAUAUGACCUGUGCAUCUUGAAUAUGACCUGUGCAUCUUGAAUAUGACCUGUGCAUCUUGAAUAUGACCUGUGCAUCUUGAAUAUGACCUGUGUAUCUUGAAUAUUUAUUUGUUUUCUCUCUCAGCUCAACGAGGAGGAGCUGAACUUGAGCCUGAGGACUAAGUCAGCUGGUGUCCGUGGCCCAGAAGCUGCAUCGACAACUGGAGAGGGGGACGUAGUCACCCAUGUGGAGGUCCUCCACGCCCCUGAUGCCCCUGAGACCCCACCCAGCCCGAGAGGGAUCCAGCAGGACCCACCCCAGACCCAAGGAGGAGGGGAUGGAGGGAAUGGAGGGGUCAGGGAGAGCAGGGGAGAGGGAGUCAGAAGUGGGCUCAGUGGGCAGCUUCUCUCAGCCUCUCUGGAGAUGGAGAAUGACUCCACAUUUCAACAGACUGAGCAAGCUGAGGAGCUGUUCUAG